AUGUAUCGCUUACCGGCAGUCGACAGCCUUCCGUCUCUCACGGAAACAGCACAGAUCGAGGUGCUAGACCAUCUUUUCGAGCCCUGUCCCACAUUGACCCGCUUCUUGCUUCCUCGCAUCUUUUCAGUCGCUUACGCCUCGUACACAGCGUUCAUUGAGGCGGCUAGGAGUGUGUUGUUGACGUUCCUCAAGGAGGAAGAAGCAAAGAAAACCGUCUCUCCCAAGAUUGCAGAGAUUAUCUCUGCACAUCCGCGAUUGGGCCCGUCCAAAGAUAAGUUGUCGAGCCAUUCUACAUCGGAACAAAAAUCUUUGCAGGGCAGCGCUGAAGAGGCAGCAAAGUUGGCGGAGUUGAACCGCUUGUAUGAAGAGACCUUCCCUGGGCUUCGGUAUGUCGUUUUUGUCAACGGCCGUUCUAGAGAAGCCAUUAUGGAGAACAUGGCCAAGAGAAUCGAAAGAAACGACAUUUGCAAAGAAAGAGAAGAAGCCUUCAACGCCAUGUGCGACAUUGCUUUAGAUAGAGCAGCGAAAUUGGGUGCUAAGUUGUAG